AUGCGAUUCUUAGAUCCGCCGCGACUGCAUCUCAUCGUCGCUCUAUGCGUCUCCAGUUUCAUUGACCCGAUUCACCUUCGUCCCGGCUCAACCUUCGUACGACCUCUACUACAACUCUUCUAUUUUAACGUUUGCUACUUCGGUUUCAUCUUCAUUUUCAUCGCGGAUUCGUGUUCGACUCAACCGAGAAUCCUUCGUCACAAACUCAGGUGGUGGAGAAGUUUUUCUGUUAUGCAUAUGCUGUUUAGAAGUUGGUUACAGCAUAUUCAUAGCUGUCUUGAUUUGGGUUUAUGCUAUGGUACAGGUUUGCCCUUGGAACAACAUGAAGAAUGUGACGAGUUUGACGUAAACAGGGUUGUGCAAACUGUUUUGGAUGAUAGGAUAGUUUAUGAAUCCUGA